AUGGAAAGAAUCUUUAAGCACUUCUGGCACCAGCAUGGGAGCGACGAGAAUCCUAGGGAGCUCACUUGGGAAGAGAGAACGAAAAAAAAAUAUGGUUUAAGUGUUGACACGUGCGAUGAUUGUCAAAAGCCAACUGAAGGUCACGAUCCCAUAAAAUGCGAUUUUUGCCUCAAGGACUGGCACGUUGAAUGCGUCCCAAGCUCGCCUGAUGAAGUAAACCAUUCGUUCCACACAUACCAUCCGCUCAAGCUUCUCAUUGAUGGCCCACCUGAUUACUCUGAUGGAAAAUGUGGUAUCUGCAAGCAGGAACUCAAAAGCUUUUUCUACCAUUGCUCCAUCUGCUAUUUCAGCAUGCAUGUGAGGUGCUCCAACGAUCCCCCGCCACCCAUUGUGGAUGCUCCGAGGUGCCACGAGCAUACACUCACCCUUAUGGCUAGAGACGAUAUCUUCACUUGUAAUGCUUGUGGUAUGCAUGGGGAACGAUGCCCUUACGUAUGCGCUCCAUGCGGUCUCAUGUUCCAUCGAGAUUGUAUUAAGCUACCACACGUCAUAAACAUCAAUCGCCACGACCAUCGUGUGUCUCACAUCGAUUCUCCUGGUUUCGGGCUUUGGAAAUGCAUGAUUUGUCACAAGAAGAUUGACUGGAGGUACGGUGCUUAUUCUUGUCAGAAAUGUCCUAAUCUUUUCUUUCACUCCAAGUGUGCAACUAGAAGUGAUGUUUGGGAUGGGGAAGAACUAGAAGGGAUACCUGAAGAAUUUGUAGAUGUUUCGCCAUUCAAAGUGAUUGAAGACGGAGUCAUUAACCAUUUCUCCCAUGAAGAACACAACCUAAGGCUUAUUGAUGAGGAUGCCAUUGAUCGUCAUGAAAGCAUACGAUGCGAAGCUUGCACAGGUUCUAUCUUUUCUGAGAAGCACUACAGCUGUAUGGAAUAUUGCGAUUAUUUCCUCCAUGAAACAUGCGCUAAUCUUCUUCUUCAGAAAAGACAUGGGCUUUGCACAAAGCCGCUUACUCUAUUAACCAUGAAAAAGGUUAGGGAAUUGAGAUUAUUUACCUGUACUGCCUGCAGAAAACUAUCAAAUGGUUUCAGGUACGAGUGUGGUGAUACUAUCCUAGACGUACGGUGUGCGUCGAUGUCAUGGUAUUGUGAUUAUGAAUGUCACCCGCAUACCCUCUUCCUCACUACGCUUGACGAGGAAACUUGUGGGGUAUGUGGUCGAUAUGGUCGACUGCUGCAUUGCGUUGAGUGUAAGUUCACAUUGGACUUCAAGUGUGCUACUCUACCAAAAAAGAUAAAGCACAGGUGCGAUGACCAUUUUCUGUCCUUGUGUUUUGGUGAGAAGGAGAAGCCGAGGGGUAAGUACUGGUGUGAGGUUUGUGAAACCGUUUUAGAUCCACGAGAAUGGUUUUACUCAUGCUCCGGUGAUUGCGGAGUCGUUUGUCAUAUUCCGUGUGUGCUCGGGCAGUUGUGGAAUGUCAAGCCACGUGUCAUCCACACUAAAGGAUAUGGUACAGUUAAACUGGUUCUCAACGAUAGUUUGUCUCGACCAAAAUGUGGUUAUUGCGGCUCUCAUUGCCAACAACCCCUGAUGAUCAAGUUUUCUUGCCCUUCUAUGGAGAAAUUCUUUUGUGACCUUGAUUGUUUUGAAAAAUACGUCGUUCCACAAGAUUAUAAGAGAAGAGAUGAUACUUUGAGUUAUCACCACUACUCUAUUUACUGA